AUCAACCCGGUGCUCAUUCUCCGCGUCCUGCAAGGAGCUUUAGCAUUCGUCGCCAUGGCGCUUGGAGCUACGGUCGUCAAUGCUUUCAAUACCGCCAGAUCUGACAUUGACGCCCCAGCCGCACUCGCCUUCUUCACCUUCACGUCGGUCUUCACCAUGCUUCUCACGGUUCCAUACACCAUCAUCACCCCACGCUAUUUUCCCGUCCUGGCGCAUCCCAUGGCGAUGCUCAGUGCGGAGGCUACAACUUCUAUCUUGUGGUUGGGUGGAUUUGCUGCAGUUGCAGACCUUUUGAGGAAAAACGAGAUCGCUGUUGCGGCGGGCCGACCUGCGGCACGUGGUUGUGUGGUCGUCGGAGUCUUCGAGUUUGUGCUCUUCGCUGUCACAAGCUUUUUCGCAUAU